AAUUUUCUCACUGUUCGUUUAGUUUUUCGCUGUUGAAUUUUUCGCAACCAAUAUUUUUCAAGAAAAAGAUGUUAUAAGUUCAUAAAAAUUACACUAAAUCGUUAUCUAAGUGUUAAAGUGUCACAAUUAAUAAAGAAAUAUCGUAGGAAUAUUAAAUAUAGUGUAUAAAAAUGUAUUUGAAAAAAUGUAAUACGGUAAUACGAAGAUAGUCUCAUGGUGGUGAAGAAAAAAUGUGAAAAGAUUUUCACCUGCAGUAUUAGUGGCAGUGAGAAAAGAAAAACCAGCAAUAUCGAGAAAACCUCAAGCGGUAUCUAGUGUUGUGUGUGGCAUAGGAAGUGAAUAAGCAAGCACCUGUCGGAUGUGAACGCCUCAAAAGAGGCUAUAUAUGUAUUUCUGCAUGCUAUUCUCCAUCGCUCCAGUUGAUGGGCUGCUCCGCUGGCCAAUUGAGCAACAUCUACCUAUGUACAUAUGCAUUUAGCAAGUGCGAAAAAACAUCAUUUCGAUGAUGAGGCAAUAAAAGAAUGUUGUGAGUAAAGGCAAAUUAGAAGGAGCUACAAAAUGUUUACGAAAAAAUCUCAUGCGGAUAUAAAAAAGUCCACUGGCAAGUUUCAAGAUUGUAAAAAGGAUUCAGCAUCCCGGUUGCGUCACUUGCGUACCAUUUUAGACAAUGUUGACCAAGAAGAGGCGAAAUCACUAUUCGAAACGAACUACAGUCACGUUUAUUUUAUACUUUACGAUACCUUCAUUCAGGCGGAGGCAAACUUAAAGCAAAAAGAUGCCGUAAUAUGUCUUAUGGUAAUUCUUGCACUAACCUCCAUUCUUUGGAGUAUCACCAUACAUAUAAUCUCUGGCGAUUUUUAUCAUGGCAUACUUGGUGCGAAAUUAGCAUUUCGAGAAAGAGAUUUUCUACAAAUGGAUGAACAUUCCAAAGAGAUUUUCUACAAUGAUCUGGGUAAACUAAUAAACGACACAUACACGGAUAAGGCUUUGCAUAAUGUAUUAAUUGCUGAAGACGAUAUUACGCCUACGCCAAUGGAUGUUAAUGCCACAACAAAGCAGCCUAAAGUGCGCAAAACCUAUCACAUUUUCCAACUGGCACGUCCCGAUGAAGACAAAGGUAAAGCAGAGGAGGACGAGGGGGCGUCUGAGGAAGAUAGCACAACCGCACUGCCACCAGUGAAGUUCAAUAUGACACAUGAUCGCCACUUUUUGGCUACAAUGAUGCUGGAUGUGCAUAAAACUCGUUGGCGUCAAAGCGCCGCCGUUCAAUUCAUUUAUAGUUUUCCAUUUUUGUCGGAAAUCUUUGCAAUAAUAUGGACAGCAAUGUGCUUAAUAUUUCAAUCAGGCGUUCAAAAGUAUUGGGGACUUCCGAAACCUUGGCGCAUUGUCAUACCCUCAAUUCUUGUGUUUUCGCUGAUGACAUUGGGCACACUAAUCUACACAAUUUUGGCCAGCUCAUAUCUGAAGAAUCUCUGUAAUGGAUUGCGUGAAAACCUAACAAAGCCCGAUGCCAUCACCUGUGGUCAGGCCAUCUCUGUACUGCGUCCCCUCAUACGACAACACGAUUUGAAACACGAUGUAUAUUUGAAUCUCUUUCGCUUCGCCUACAUGUUCGCAUUGGUUUUAUGGCUGCUGGCGCUAUUGCUGAUGUUGCUGCGAUAUUUCUUCGCAAUUGACUUCCAACUCAUGGAUGUGCAAUCGUUGUAUGACAAUAAGUUGGCGCGACGCCUUAGUCGACCGGAACCUGAAUUUACAGAAGUACUGUUGGAUACGGCGCAAUCGCCGACAGUUUUACUGCCACGCAAUGAACGCAACAAAUCCGAGGAUGAUUUUCAGAGUGCCAAGUCAAAUUUAAGUGAGGUCGCAAUGCCGUUACUCGAAACUGGCAAGCAACAACAGCUGGGAUUAAGGCCAUAUGCGCAGUCGCAGCAGCGAGUAGUUUAGUUUGAAAGAGGUUUAAUUAAGGAAACGUUAGUGUGGCAGAGCGAAAGCGCAAAUAUUCAUAGUACAUAAAUAGUGAACAACAAGGUUUUAUCUCAGGUAUUUUGUUUAGUUGGAAUUUGCACAAUCGAACCGCGAACGUUUUCAUCAUUAUGAAUCUACCUUCUCUCCUACUCACUCCCUCUUAUACCGCGGCAAGAUAUUUUGUUUUAUUAAACGUAUUUAAAACAAAUGAUACAACUAGAACAAACUCAAGCAAAAACUAUGUACGUGUGUUUGCAUUCACUGCUCUUAUUUUAAGUAAAUAUUUAUUAAUUUUUAUAUGUAUAUUUUUUAACAUUUUUUUUUUAACCACUGUGUGCGUGUAUUACAUAUUACAGCUGAUAA